GAGAAGCGCUAAUCGUUUCCGAGCCACGGCCAUAUAAACAUGUGACCCGCUGUGUGGUCGCUCAGUCUCCGCUGCACCUGACGGGAUUACGCACACACAGACGCACACCCAGCCGGAGAUCUCUGUCCCGUCCCCCAGUACACGGUGGAGCGCUGCGGGAGAAGACGAUGAACCCCACGGACCAGGGCGCCCAGAUCGAGCCGCUGCUGCCAUCGGUUAACCCUUCCUUUGGCUCGUCAUUUGGACGUAGAAGUUUGAGAAACGACGAUGAGGCUGUGGUGGACAGAGGGGGGACGCGGUAUCAACAGGGAACCAACUUCGAGCAGGAGGAUCUGGAAGACCACAAGACUCUCUACAUCGGGGUCCACGUCCCCUUGGGCAGCACCAGGCACCGCAGCCAUCGCAGGCACCGUCACCAUGGAAACAAGCACAGGAGGAGGAGCAGGGACCGGGACCUCCCCUUGGUUGAGGGUAGAGAGUCUCCUCUUUAUGACACCCCAUCCCAGAGAGUGCAGUUCCUGCUGGGCGCCGAGGACGACGACGAGGAGCAUAUUCCUCAUGACCUGUUCACAGAGAUGGAUGAGAUCUGUGUGAGGGACGGCGAGGAUCCGGAGUGGAGGGAAAGUGCCAGGUGGCUGAAGUUUGAAGAGGAUGUUGAGGACGGAGGGGAGCGAUGGAGUAAACCCUACGUGGCCACUCUGUCUCUGCACAGUCUGUUCGAGCUGCGAAGCUGCAUCAUCAACAGCACCGUGCUGCUCGACAUGAGGGCCAACUCCAUUGAAGAGAUUGCAGACAUGGUCCUGGACCACCAGGACUUAUACUCGCCACUGGGGGAUGAGCUCCGGCUGAAAGUGCGGGAAACACUGUUGAAGCAGCACCAUCACCAGAACCAGAAGAAGCUGGCUAACCGCCUGCCGAUCGUACGCUCCUUUGCUGACAUGGGGCGACGAACAUCGGACCUCCACCUGGACAAGAAUGGUCAGAUGUCGUCCUCCCAGUGUCACUUACCGGGUCCAGAUGGGAAAGUGGACGUCAGUAGAGAAAACACUUCUGUCGACUUCAGCAAGAUAGACCUUCACUUCAUGAAGAAGAUCCCAGUCGGCGCUGAAGCUUGUAACGUGUUGGUGGGGGAGUUGGAGUUUCUGAACAAACCUGUGGUGGCGUUCGUGCGUCUCUCACCGGCGGUUAUGCUCAACGGUCUGUCUGAAGUCCCCAUCACCACGAGGUUUCUGUUUAUUCUCCUGGGGCCUUUGGGUAGAGGGAUUCAGUAUCAUGAGAUUGGAAGAUCCAUUGCAACACUUAUGACAGACGAGGUUUUCCAUGACGUAGCCUAUAAAGCUAAAGACCGUAACGAUCUGAUCGCUGGGAUUGACGAAUUCCUCGAUCAGGUGACAGUGCUGCCUCCAGGAGAGUGGGACCCGUCCAUACGGAUAGAGCCACCCAAAAAUGUACCAUCUCAGGAGAAGAGAAAGAAAUGUAAUAUUUUACAAAACGGUUUAGUCGAGGGUGAGGAGGAGGAGGAAAUUGGAGGCCAUGGUGGUCCUGAACUGCAACGCACUGGGAGGUGGUUUGGUGGUCUCUUUCUAGACAUCAAGCGAAAGGCCCCCCACUACCUGUCUGACUACACGGAUGCUCUUAGUUUGCAGUGCGUGGCCUCUUUCCUGUUCCUCUACUGUGCCUGCAUGUCCCCUGUCAUCACCUUCGGAGGACUGCUGGGCGAGGCAACAGAAGGACGCAUAAGUGCAAUUGAGUCGCUGUUUGGAGCCUCGCUGACUGGAAUAGCCUACUCCCUGUUCGCCGGGCAGCCCCUCACCAUCCUGGGCAGCACGGGGCCGGUGCUUGUAUUCGAAAAGAUAUUGUUCAAAUUCUGCAAGGAGUAUGGGUUAUCCUAUCUGUCCCUGAGAACAUGCAUCGGCCUGUGGACAUCGUUCCUCUGCAUCGUGCUGGUGGCCACGGACGCCAGUUCCCUCGUUUGUUACAUCACGCGCUUCACGGAGGAAGCCUUCGCCUCACUCAUCUGCAUCAUCUUCAUCUACGAGGCCUUGGAGAAACUCAUUCACCUGGGGGAACACUAUCCCUUCAACAAGAACAACAACCUGGACAAACUCAGCAUGUACUCAUGUUCGUGCGUCGAACCGUCUGACCCCACCAACGGCACCCUGAAGUUCUGGGAGAUCAACAACAUCACUGCCUCAGAAAUCUACUGGGAAGCUCUGGAGGUCAAGGACUGUAUCGAGAAACAAGGCGAGUUUGUGGGCAGCGCCUGUGGCCCGCACGGCCCCUAUGUCCCUGACGUCCUCUUCUGGUCUGCCAUCCUCUUCUUCUCCACUGUCAUCAUGUCUGCCUUCCUAAAGGAGUUCAAGUUCAGCAAUUACUUUCCCACAAAGGUGAGGGCCCUCAUCAGUGACUUUGCCAUUUUCUUCACCAUCCUUACGAUGGUGUUAGUCGACUACGCAUUAGGGGUUCCCUCUCCGAAGCUGAAGGUUCCCAGUGUGUUUAAGCCGACCAGGGAUGAUCGAGGCUGGUUCAUUAACCCGCUGGGGCCCAACCCCUGGUGGACGGCAGUCAUAACAGUGAUCCCAGCUCUGCUCUGCACCAUCCUCAUUUUCAUGGACCAGCAGAUCACUGCUGUCAUCAUCAACAGGAAGGAGCACAAGCUUAAGAAAAGCUGUGGCUAUCACCUGGACCUAUUCAUGGUGGGGGUGAUGCUGGGCGUGUGCUCUCUGAUGGGUUUGCCGUGGUUCGUGGCGGCCACCGUGCUCUCCAUCACCCAUGUCAACAGCCUGAAGCUCGAGUCCGAGUGCUCGGCCCCCGGUGAGCAGCCCAAGUUCCUCGGCAUCAGAGAGCAACGAUUUACGGGUCUCAUGAUCUUCACCCUCAUGGGCUGCUCCGUGUUCAUGACGUCUGUGCUCAAGUUCAUUCCUAUGCCUGUGUUGUACGGAGUGUUCCUUUAUAUGGGGGCAUCGUCUCUCCGAGGCAUUCAGUUGUUUGACCGCCUGACACUGUUUGCUAUGCCAGCCAAGCACCAGCCAGACUUCAUCUAUCUCCGACACGUACCCCUGAGGAAGGUGCACCUGUUCACCAUCAUCCAGCUCAGCUGUUUAAUUCUGCUCUGGGUCAUCAAGACCUCCAAGGCUGCCAUCGUCUUCCCUAUGAUGGUGUUAGCGCUCGUGUUUAUAAGGAAGCUAAUGGACUGCAUCUUCACCAAGAGAGAGAUGAGCUGGCUGGAUGACCUCAUGCCAGAGAGCAAGAAGAAGAAGCUUGAGGAUGCUGAUGAGGAGGAGGAGCAGAGUAUACUUGCAGAGGAAGAGGGAGUCGUGCAAGUGCCAUUAGAAGGGUACAAAGGAUUACCCGUCAUCAACAUCACAGACGAAAUGUCAAAAGGCUCUUUUGGAAAUACUUGGAAUGCAAACGGCUGAGACCUUUGAGGAAGAAUAACGACUUCAGAAUAAUUAAGUUUACCACAACGCUCACAGUAUUUCCCCACAAAUCAACGGUGCAAGAUGAGAAAGGGAAAGCGAAGAAGAGGAGGGGCAGUGUCGUGUGUCUUUGUCACUGUCCCUUCUGUGUGUACAUUGUGUUACUACCGAUUAUAAAUCCCUCACAUAUACGUUUUGUAAAUUUAUGUGCGUGUUAUCUGAUGUGUCACAAAUAUAUUCUGCUAUUCAUGGAACCUUCUGUAGAAUUUUCCUGUGUCGAUGAUGUCAAACCGUACUUUAUAAAUCUAGAAACUGUAUUAAUACCACACGGAAUGCAAACUACAAAAAGGUUGGUUUUGUUUUGAAGUUUUUGCUUUGGGAUAAAUGUAUUUUGUUACAUACUUUGUAUUUCGAGAUACCAUCAUGUCAACAUGUCCUUGCAUUCUUUAUCUAUUUAUGUAACGAUUCCCUACAUUGGAUAUGAUGUGAAAUAAAAUAUGAAGAUCUAGUUAAUAUAAUAAUAAUAAUAAUAAACAUUAUUUGUAUAGCACCUUUCAUGCAAUAAAUUCAGCUUUACAUAUAUUACAAGCAUAAGCAUAAGAUCCUUGUUGACAAUUACUACAUAGAAGCAGUUUGAAAAGCCAUAUGUAACUGUGUACCUCAUGAAAAAGUCUGUAAACUGGAUGUGAGUUGGUGGAACCAUUUUAAUUCUGCCCAAUGAUUGUGACUCACCUAAGGUGGACAUUAUUGUUUUAAACUAACUAAAUGACAAUAUUCUAUACGAAUACUGAACCAAAAACAAAAGCACUUUUUUGGUAAGAUAUCAAUACUCCAAUACAUAUUUAUAUAAGAAAUUAUUUAUCUAUAGUUAUUUUGUGGAAUAUAAUAAAUAUGUUUGCGACAGAAUAGCUUACAGAGACUUGUGUCUCUAUGGUGUCAGUGUAAGGCUUAUUUUGUAAAUGUAAAUAUGAAUAACCUCACUUUGUGUUUUAAAGCUCUUAUGAAGUUUAUUUGAUGUCAUAAAUUAACAAGAUAUGAGAACAUUCAAAAUCUGUUCCUGAGGAUUACACUGAGGUUGUAAUAUCAGAGUUUUAAAACAAACAAAAAACAGUUUUAUCAUACACACAUAUUUUGUCAAUGUUAUUUUAAUUAAAUACAUUUCUAUUAUCACCCUCA